AUGGCACACCUCGAUGUGGUUGACUCCCGCACGGGAAAAUCAUAUCAGAUCCCUAUCGACAAUGGAUACAUCCGGGCUGCCGACAUUGGAAAGAUCAGUUUCCUAGACGAUGACUGCGAAAAGGACGUCAAGAACAGGCAUCAAAUUCCUCGGGGGCUUCGUAUUCUUGAUACAGGUUACCAGAACACAGCAUGUGUAGAGUCUAGUAUCACCUUCAUAGAUGGUCAUCGAGGUACCAUUCGGUAUCGCGACCUCGAUAUACAAGAGUUGUUUCACAACCAUGUUUACGAAGAUAUUAUGCACCUUCUCAUCUGGGGUCAUCUCCCUUCCCAAGAAGAGAAGGAUCAAGUCCGACAGGGGAUGGCUAAGGCUAUGAACCCUCCCGAUACUGUUAUCAACGUGAUAUCAGCAUUUCCCUGCGAUGCUGAAACCAUGCCAAUGAUGCUCGCGGGUAUGAGCGCUUUUGCAGCUGCAGAUGAGAUCGUUUGCGCCACGCGUCACACGCAGAAAGCUAUGUUCCAAGGCCGACUAGAGGUUGCUGACGCGGCCCUCGUGCGGACAAUUGGGUAUCUGGCUACGACAAUAGCACUUAUCUAUUGCCACAAGAACAGUAAGAGCUUCACUCCCCCAGAACCGAGCAGGUCGCUUCUUGGCAACCUUUUGUUCAUGAUGGGGGUCUCUCAAGAGAACCCCAAAGCCGAAGAGUGUUUAAACAAGCUUUGGAUCUUGUAUGCCGAUCAUGAGAUCACCAACUCAACAGCGGCAAUGCUGCAUGCGGGCUCUACCCUCAUAGAUCCAGUCUCGGCUACCACUUCUGGUCUUAUCUGUGGCUACGGCCCACUGCAUGGUGGUGCGAUAGACCUUGCAUAUGAGGCGUUGGCAACCAUUGGCAUACCAGAACGAGUUCCUUACUUCAUCGAGGGCGUCAAGAGGGGCAAGGGCAGACUCUUCGGAUACGGUCACCGUAUCUACAAGACGAGGGAUCCUCGACUAUCGCUCAUCGAGGAGCUCAUGGGCAAAUACAAGGAAGAAGUUGAGGCAAACCCUCUCAUUCAGGUGUCUUUGGCUAUCGACAAAUAUGCUAGCCAAGACCCCUAUUUCAUCGAGAGGAAUCUCAAGGCUAAUGCAGACUUGAAGGGCUGCUUCCUUUACACAGCCAUGGGCUUUGACCCGGAGAUGAUCACAGCAAUCACAAUGGUUUCUAGAUGCCCUGGCGCUUUAGCUCAUUGGCGUGAGAGUCUUACUCAACCGGUGAAGCUAUGGAGGCCAUUACAGAAAUACGUGGCACCUCAGCCGAACUAA